AGUCUGUAUCCCAGCAUGGGCCCGGAAGUUCUUUGGGAUUCCCAGGUAAAAAAAAAAAAAAAAAAAAAAAAAAAAAAUCCCGGAGAUGCUGUCGUCGCCUGGGAAAACAAACAGCUAUCCAGACAGUUAAAAAGGAAAACACCGAUCGGUCGCCAGGCAUCUGGUGAGAGAAUGAAUGCUGAUGACUGCAAUGGACGCUCAUAUGCACAAGGUAAUGGAGGAGAGUCAUCAACUGAACAGGAUUUUUAUGGCGGGCUGCAGGGCCCUUCUGCGAGAUCUCCAAACAGUCAGCAGUCGUCACCACACCGCUCUCUUAGUGCAAACUCCAUCAAGGUAGAGCUGUGCAGUGAUGAUGAGUCAGCAGGCGCCUCACAGCCAGAGAACAAAGACGCUGUGAGGUCUGAUAGCGGGAAGGAUGACCGAGGUGACCCCAUGGAAGAGGGCACUGCAGAGUUCGCUGGGGCUGGAAGAGACAGAGCAAACGCCUACAGCGAGAUGGCCAGUCCAAACUCUGCUUCACCGGGACCCAUCCGGCUGCCCAACGGGAAGCUCCAGUGCGAGGUGUGCGGGAUGAUCUGCAUCGGACCCAAUGUGCUGAUGGUGCACAAGCGAAGCCACACAGGUGAGCGGCCAUUCCAGUGUAACCAGUGUGGAGCUUCUUUCACCCAGAAGGGGAACUUGUUGCGCCACAUAAAGUUGCAUUCAGGAGAGAAGCCUUUCAAAUGUCCCAUUUGUAAUUAUGCUUGCCGCCGGAGAGAUGCCCUGGCUGGACAUCUACGCACACAUGCUGUUUCUUCUCCGACAGUGGGAAAGCCUUUCAAGUGCAGCUCCUGUAGUCGAAGCUACAAACAAAAGAGCACACUAGAGGAACAUCUGGAGCGCUGCCAUAGUUAUCUGAAGACUCUGGAUCACCAGACGGCUGUCAACAUGCAGACUGUACAGGGUGAGGAAUCAGUAAAUAUGGAGACGGUUACUAAACCUGCACUUCAGCCAUCCAAUGAAAAAAUCCAGUUUGUGGACAGACUGGCUAUUAGCAUCACCAAACGUAAGAGGUCAACACCACAGAAGUUUUUGGGUGAAAUGCACAUGCACCUUGAUCCACCUGAAGCACCUUAUGAAUUGUCCUCUGGCUCAGAGAAGGAUGGCGACCUCAUGAGCUCUCAGUCUGCUGGAGACUCAGCUGGGCUGGCUGGUUCACAUCUCCACUGCGCUAGAGGUAAAGGCGAGAACCACGAGUCGCCUGCACUGCCUCAGCUCCAUCCUGCCUUCCUGUCAGAGCUCCGCACGGUUAUGGGCUCCAUCAACAGCAAUGUGACUCCUCAGGGCCCCCGAGCCCAUAGCGGAGGUGGGCUGGCAGUAAUGUCGCUUGGCCAGGCCGGGCGGGAGGCAGGUGAAGGCCGUGAGGACCAGCCCUCAGCACACAGCCACACCGCCUCACCCAACGGCUGCCCCGACUCCACAGACACAGAGAGCACAGCAGAAGAGCAGAGCACAAGGGCUACAGCCCCGACUAGUACCUCCAACAACCACCACCUCCACUACCAAACCCCAACACUGCCCCGCAGCCAUCCCACUUCCAGCCCCAGCCAGGCCAAAGACUUGGAUGCAGAGUGGGACAGGGCAUGUCCUGUGCCCCCCACUGCAGUAAAGAGGACCCCUGGUUCACCCCUCACUUCCAGGGACACUGUGCAGGUGGUAGACGGGGAAGGCAGGCCUGUGCGCUCCUUCCACUGCCGCCAGUGCCGGAUUCUCUUUCUGGACCAUGUCAUGUUCACCAUCCACAUGGGCUGUCAUGGCUUCCGCCAGCCAUUCGAGUGCAACAUCUGUGGCCACCGCAGCCAGGACCGCUACGAGUUCUCAUCCCACAUCAGCCGCGGAGAGCACCAGGUGGGCUGAGGAGAGGAAACAGUGGCUGUGUGAGGAGAGGUGACUGCUGCUCUCAAAAGUUGUGGGCUCACGUUUGUUCUGCACCAGAUCAGUUGCUUUAAAUCCCUAGUAUAAGUAAAAGAUUUGCGAUUUUAACACAAGGAAAUUUAUUAUACUAAGUCAGAUGCAAGUGAAGACUCUUUUCACAGCACCAGUUUAAGUUUAGUGGAGGCAAAUUACAUUCUAUGAUUGAUUGCACUCCUUUAUCAAAUCAUUUGGCAAAACUACCGGUUUUGCUUCAAAAGUGCCUUCUUUGGGGAUUUACUCUUAACUUAAAAAAAACAUGUGGGGGGGGGAAACUGGUGCUCAAAAAUCUUGACUAGCCAUCUUUUCCUAAGUGAUUUUGAGUAGUUAGCACUUUUAGGAGAUCAUGUGCACAUGCAGUAAGAAAAGCAUGGCACGUACAUUUUAUGAAUUCUAUUGCUUAAUGUGCUCUAAGAGCUUUGCUUUUGUGGCUGAGGAGGGUAUAUUGUGUAGUGUGUCAGGUAAGCUUAAUAUGCACUGAGAGCUUUGUGCCUCUGGGUCGGGGAGGAGCUUUUGUCACAGACGAAGCACAGAAAUGGAUUGCCUUAACUCCUACAGUAGUACGCUGCUGUACGAAUACAUAAUGUUUACAGCUUGGUUUAACAGCGUGUGAAGUCAGCUUAGAAGAGAGAAUAUUCAGGACAAAGCAAAAUCAUGGAGGAAAUGAAGUUGAAAUCGCUCCUGAGGGUGAAAUGGGAGUUCAGGGCUCAACUCUAAAAUAGGUUUUUGGAUUUUAAAGUGAGCCUUAGAGUACUGGUGCAGAUCAGACCAUGAGCCAUGUGGUGUAUAUUAAGAGCCUGACUGAGAUGGCCCAGGGUGCUAUACCUAUACAGGAUUGCACUUUUUGGUUCCCUGCUUAUAUAUGAACAUCUUUGCUGAAGCACUUGAUGGCUUUACAAGUUUUUUUUUCUGUGAUUAUUCUACUGCACUGAUAAAUCGCAUAAUACUCACAAUAACUGAUCACCUAAUUUGCAACACCAGUGUGUUUUUAACGGAGCCGGCCUUCUACAGAAUCACCCACAGCGUUGCACUGGUUCCGCGGUCUGCACUCGAGUUUGCUGCAAUGUGUGACUGAGAAUUAAACAUCAGUUCCACCUAAAACAGUUAUUUUGUGGUUUUGCACUCGGCGGUUGUAGCUGAGAUUUUAAACGAUUUCCAUGAUGUAGGUGAAUUAAGAAAUUAUUUAAAAAUUAAUUAACAACAAAUCAGUUUGAAACUGUUCAGUUAUCACUUGUGAUUAUCUAUUUAGUGUUGUUUGUUUCAGCCUUGGUGUAUUUAAUCAGCUAUAUUCCAAAUCUUAUCCAGCAUAUUCCUCAAGUCCAUGAAAUGUUACCUCCUGCUUCUUUAUAGCACCCAAAUACCUUAUUGCUACAGUAUGGUGAGUUAUCUGAUAAUGUUAAUAUUGGGAACAUGAAUGAGACCAAACUCAGUAUUCUUACUUGUUAUUGUUGGUUUGCUGCUUCAUAGUUUAACUUGAUUUCCUUUAAUAGCAGGCAAAAUGUACUUGAAACCGUUUGAGAAAAAAAGUAAUCUAAAAAUGCACUUGGUUUGAUAAGUAGAGAAAUGUGUGCGUGAAUGGAAUAUAGCAUGUGUGCUUGUCAUUUUCUGCUUUUACCUGAAUUGUGAAUUAUUUUUGAAAUGUGAAGUACUUUGAAGAAGUGAAAAUGAGGCAUGGGUUUCUGUCUCCUUGUGUGGACUCAAUGUUAUACGAUAUUUUGUGAAUGAUGUAACACGACAAAACACUUUACCUCAAAGUUAAAGAUGUACAACUGCCUCAUUAUUUCAAAAAAGUCAUGUUGCUUUCCGAGAUGUUCUUGCAGUUACAAAUGCGUGCCCCUCGAUAUUCUCAAAACUUUUUACUGUCAAUAAAGUUACAUUUAUUGUAAAAGUGA